CGCCAGAAACCACAUUUAUGUUUUUAGUUGGUUUUAAUAAACGGCGUGACGCUGAGAGACCCUUCAGUUGGCUGACGUCGAGCCAAAGGUUGGGCGUUACACGUCGUCCUGCGCCGCCAUGUUGGUUCGGCUCUGGGCUCAACGGCUUGUUUUCGCCAUAACCGGUAAACACUUGGAUCCGCUCACCUGGAAGGUUUGAGGAAAAAGGCUUUUAGUGAGGAGCUUUCUGCAGAUGCUUCUGACUUCCUGUUUUCACGCCCCAGAGGAUUGUGGGAGCUGCUGCGACAUCAGGAGGAAUCAUGCCGAAGAAAGCGGUGAAGGGCGAGGAUCUGACGGAGGAGGAGAGACUCCUGCAGCUGCAGCAGCGAGCUCAGGCUGAGGAGGAGACGGCCAGGAAGAAGGAGGAGACGCUGACGCUCUACCUGAAGGACAAGCUGCAGAAGGAGCAGAGGAACACGGCGGUGAACCUGCUGAAGCUGACCGACAGCUGGAGGAGGAGUCUGCGCCAGAGCCGGGCGGCCGAGCUGCUGAGCCACGCCGCCGUGCUGCAGCACACGUCUGAGAGGCACCUGGACGAGCUGAGCUUCAUCAUCCAGAGGAUGGCGGGGGAGCUGCAGGAGGCGGAGCGGCAGGCGGAGCAGCUGCAGCGCUGCCACCUGCAGCACAUGGAGCGUCUGUGGGAGCAGCAGCAGAAGCAGAUGCUGCAGCUGCAGCAGCAGUGGGACAGCUGCCUGCAGGACCUCAGCGCCACCUGCAGCUCUGAGAGGGAGAAGAUGUCGGCUGACUUCCUGCAGCAGAACCACAGGCUGGUGGAUCUGUCCCUGCCUUCCCAGAUACACCACCAGACCAUGUCUGCAGGCAUCCAGAACGUUUACCGAGAGGUGGUGGACUCCUGCAGCAACGCUGACCACGUCCAGCUGGAUGACUUUAUGGACCGCGGCGCGCAGCAGGAGGAAGGUCCUGUUGUGAAGAAGGACGUUUUCCAGCAGACCAGAAACGACCUGGAUGACCUGCAGCAGCGGCUCCCCAGAGAGCAGCAGCAGCUCAGCGCCGAGCUGAAGAACCUGAAGAGGCUGAAGGACAAGGUUCUGCAGCUGAAGCAGCAGAUCUCCUCCUGCCAGGCGGAGCAGGCCCUGAUGCAGCGUGACGUUUCUGCUGCCAAACUCCAGCUCCACCAGAGGUGUCAGCAGCUGCAGGUCCAGCUGGAGCGAGAUCGCCGGGAGGCGCGGAACAAGGUGACGGACCUGAGCGUCCGGGGCGGCGCCGCCGUCAACAACCUGCGGGCCGUGAUCUCCAAGGGCGAGAAGCUUCUGCAGGCGGGCCAGCUGAGCAGCAAGCUGCAGAACCACCAGGAGGUUCUGGCCGGAGCAUCAGAGGAGGACCGAGCGUCUGCAGACCUGCAGCUGCUGCAGCAGCGUCUGAACGCCGCUCUGCUGCGGAGCCGAGCUCUGAGGAACCACAGCCUGGAUGUGAGGAGGGAGAACCAGCAGCUGCAGGUCCUGCUGGACCAGCACGACCACGGCCUCCAGGGACACGUCACUCCCAUGCCGGUUCUCCAGGUUCCCUCCGCCCCGACCGCCGCAGGCAGGCGGCACGUCAUGGAAGCAGCGCACAUCAUUAAGCACUGCCUGGUGGACAGCAGGGGCUGAGGCCAGGUCCAAACACCUGACGUUCUCCGCAGGAUCAUCGUCAGGCCACACCUGGAGGAUCAGAACCAGAACCUUUCAGGUGGAGCAGAGCAGUGAAGGAGCAGGAAGUGUUUCUGGGUUAGAAAUUAGAAACGUUUAAAUGAAAAUAACGUGUUCAGCUUCCUCUGUGGUUCCUCCUCGGUUCUUCCUCGGUUCCUUCUUGGUUCCUCCUCAGCUUCAGAUCGGCUCCACCUUCACCUUCCAGCCUUCAGGUCACAGACCUCUGCAGACCUUUCAGUUCCUGGUUUUCACAGUUAGUUCCCCUCAGAGCGUCAUGGUGGUCUGCAUGAAGGCUGUGAUUCAGAGACACCAGCAGGUCCAGGGGAUCUUCUCUUUCUGGGGAUGUCUUCAUGUUCCUCCUUCAGCAGAUAAUGACCAUUCAGCCGUUCUUCAUGUUUUCACUUUAUCAGGAUAUUUGCAGCGUGAGGUUCUGUUGAUGGGUUUGGAGGAAUCUUCUGGAACAGGAGAUCAGAUGUUCCAGGCUCAUCUUCUCUCUGAUCCAGCUGGUCUUGGUUGGUCCAGAACACCUUCUCUAGAGCUCUGGACCGUCUUGGAGGACGUUGUCCCCAUGGACCGUCUGACCUACAGGCUCUGCUGUUUCUCUCCAUCACUAAGCGCGGGUCUUCUGGCCUGGUCUCAUCGUGUGUUGGGUUCUGGAAAAUCAAAGCUGGUGGUUUCUGUAAAGUUUGUGUUUGAGAGAACAAAUCAUUUCUUUUGCUGAUGCAGGUGUGUCUAAAUGCUUUGUUGUGUCCACGUUACCUGUAAACCAUCACCCAGGCCAAUACCGCCACCUGGUGGAGAGAACACAUUACUGUCAGCCAUCACAGUUUCCUCCUUUACAUUCCCUGUUCUGACCGAUUCAGACCCAUCAGAACUAUAUUUAUACCCAUCCAUCAGCUUCAGCUUCUUAUUUCUGCUCAGGGCUGCGGGAAGGAGCCGAUCUCCAGCUUCUGUGGCGGAGAGACGGGAAUAUCAGAGUCUUGGUGGUGUAUUUGAGAACUAGUAGGGUUUGUUGUUAGUUGACAAGAGGUUUAUAUCUGCUCUACACCUCAUCUUUAUGUCUUUAUUCAGUUACGGGGCCAACGGUGUUAAAAACGUGAGAGAAUAAUUGUAUUUCUAAACGCUUCACUCACCUAAAACUAAAGCUGGUAAAAAAAUUAAAAAUGAAAAAAAUUGGAGGAUGCGGGCAUCGAUCCCGCUACCUCUCGCAUGCUAAGCGAGCGCUCUACCAUCUGAGCUAAUCCCCCGCCAUACCACUAGGAAACGCUAGUGAGCAUUUGAAGUCGGCGCAGCCGCCGUGGCUGCUUCCUGUAGUUAGAGCUAAAUGAGCUGAAAGUAAGCCCACUCCAGCCAAUCACGUACCGAGCUGGUGGGCUUACAUUUGACCAAUCAGGUUUUAUAACCGCUCGGAGUAAUACACAAAGAGCCGUCAUCAUUUCUUUACUUUGGCGAGCGGUAACUUAUUUUGACUUUAUUUACAUUUACCUCUUCUAUAAUAAACACUUCAGUUAUAUCUCAUUUAAAAGGGGUGUUUGACACUAUUUGAGCGCUGCUAUAUAUUAUAUACAAUAAACUAUAAUAGCUCCUAUGAGGGACUAUACUAAGUGGCGGAGGAGCUGGAAAGUGGCAGCGGAACGACGCAGAUGAAAUCAAGGUUAAAGGAUCGACUCCACCUUGGGUCGCAUUUAAUAAAUACAUGAUUUUAAACCUAUUAACUACGAUACGCUGACAUGCCACCCAAGAAUCCCCAGUCCACUGCCCCGCGGUAACCCGCUCCGUUUAGCGCAUUUAGCGUCACUUUCCUUUGCCGGGGACAGCUUGGAUUGGCCGCUAAACACGAAGCCCAGGGCUGCUAAUGAAAAUAGAAAUGAUGGCAGUAAAUAAACUCCGAGGCUGAAGUGACUAAUUCACUUAGUAAAGUCACCAAAAU